GCUGGAUAGUUGGAGGGGGAAGAGGUCUGCUGCAGUCUAAGGCAGAAGCAGAUUGUCUUUGGUGAACAGGGAAGGAGAAGCUGGAUAGUUGGAGGAGAAGAGGACCAGACCAAAAGAUUACCUGCUUUUACUUAUUAUGUUUCUAGAGGAUGUAAGAUAACGACAGAAGACAGAGGGAUCUGAACAGAAGACAGGGGGAUCUGAGCAGAAGACCUGAACAGAAGACAGGGGGAUCUGAGCAGAAGACCUGAACAGAAGACAGAGGGAUCUGAACAGAAGACCUGAACAGAAGACAGGGGGAUCUGAACAGAAGACAGAGGGAUCUGAACAGAAGACCUGAACAGAAGACAGGGGAUCUGACCAGAAGACCUGAACAGAAGACAGGGGGAUCUGAACAGAAGACAGGGGGAUCUGAACAGAAGACAGAGGGAUCUGAACAGAAGACAGGGGGAUCUGAACAGAAAACAGAGGGAUCUGAACAGAGAAGUAGAAUAUAAGACUGGUGAAUAAUAGAGCUCAACUCUUUUUGAAGCAUUGCCUUUUUUCCCAGUACUUUUAGAAUGUGUUGCAAAAAGUACUGGUAAAAAACUCACUGCAUGACUCACUGCAUGACGAAAUGCUUUUUCUGGUUACUUUUUCCAUGCUGAUGUUUCUUCCCCACAAAAUAUUUUAGAGCUCUGGCAUGUGGUAUCCCCAUUAAAACCCUUCAACGUUUGGAGGAUCUAUCAAAGAUUAUAAAUACUCAAACUUCCAUCAACUGUUACAGCGGCUACAAAAAGAGGUUUUAAUUUGAGAUGCCCUUUUCUUAUUUGUCAAGUUAUUGUCCUUUGGAGCAGAGGCAGGGUGUGUUUCAUCAGGUGUCUAGAUGUAUUAUUUCCCAUCAACACUGAAUGGCCAUAUUGUGUUGGACUAACACAGCAUUACCUGGAUUGGAGACAAAUUAAAGUACAUGAAGGAAAAAGUACACGAGGAACAUGGACUCAGAAAAGGAAGAUAAUGCAAACAGCAACUGUCUUGUCCAACCAGAAGACAUCAUUUCAGAGUCUCAUUUGGGUAUAUAUGGUGAGUCAACAGACCAAUCAGAUGACUGCAUUUCAGAAAGGCUGUUCCACUUACAAGGAUAUAGUGGGUCAACUGACCCUGUUGAACAGAGAGUGAUGAUAGACAAACAUAGGAACAGUUUGUCAUCAGAGGACUGCAGUAUGGAGGAGCCUAUAGACACACAGAAUACCACAGACAGAGCCAAUCAGGACAUGACAACUGACUGUCCCAGUACAGACAAGUUGGAAUCAACAGAUCAGUAUAAUCAGUGUGUGUCAACAAACAACCGUCAUCAAGAUAGGGUCGCAAACAAUCAUGAUAAAGACAAAGUCAAGGAGAUGAAGCACACAGAGGUGUCGACAGACAACUACAACAGGCUGGCCUGGUUAACAGACAGUGAAACCAAUCCAAGAGCCAGAAGUUAUCAGGAAAUAUUUACAUAUGAUAACCACAGCCAAGACUCACCUGCUGACAGCAAAGACUUACCUGCUGCUGAUGUUGUAGCCAGAGACCUUGCUAACUCCUCUGCAGUAAUGGCUGGGGAACCUGCUACUAGUACACCACUACCUUCAAACACCAGAAAACUGGUGAUAACCAUGACCAGGACUGAGCCUAUAUCUGAUGACCGGCAGCAUACAGGCUCUGAAACUGAGAGCCUGUUAGAGGCUGGAGAGGCUGAAACUGAGAGACUGUUAGAAGCUGGAGAUCCUGAAACUGAGAGUCUGUUAGAGACUGGAGAGGCUGAAACUGAGAGCUUGUUAAAGGCUGGAGAAGCUGAAACUGAGAGCUUGUUAAAGGCUGGAGAGGCUGAAACUGAGAGCUUGUUAAAGGCUGGAGAGGCUGAAACUGAGAGCUUGUUAAAGGCUGGAGAGGCUGAAACUGAGAGCUUGUUAAAGGCUGGAGAGGCUGAAACUGAGAGCCUGUUAAAGGAUGGAGAGGCUGAAACUGAGAGCCUGUUAAAGGCUGGAGAGGCUGAAACUGAGAGCUUGUUAAAGGCUGGAGAGGCUGAAACUGAGAGCUUGUUAAAGGCUGGAGAGGCUGAAACUGAGAGCCUGUUAAAGGCUGGAGAGGCUGAAACUGAGAGGCUGUUAGAGUCUGGAGAGGCUGAAACUGAGAGGCUGUUAAAGGCUGGGGAGACUGAUAACCCACUGGUUGAGGAACUUCCUCACACAUCUGCUCCUGUGUCUGAGAUCACAGCCCAUUCUACAGCCCAGUCCUCUCAGCCCUGUAGUACCCAGGAUGGAGCCCCAACCCCAGCACCAGCCAGUCCUCAGGAUGUAGCCCCAACCCCAGCACCAGCCAGUCCCCAGGAUGGAGCCCCAACCCCAGCACCAGCCAGUCCCCAGGAUGGAGUCCCAACCCCAGCACCAGCCAGUCCCCAGGAUGGAGCCCCAACCCCAGCACCAGCCAGUCCCCAGGAUGGAGUCCCAACCCCAGCACCAGCCAGUCCCCAGGAUGGAGCCCCAACCCAAGCACCAGCCAGUACCCAGGAUGGAGCCCCAACCCCAGCACCAGCCAGUCCCCAGGAUGGAGCCCCAACCCCAGCACCAGCCAGUCCCCAAGAUGGGCUCCUAGCCUUAACCCCAGGUCCAACCAGUGGCCCUCCCUCUGGCACCACCUCCACCAGAACCACCUUCUCCCCCGGUUCCCCAGUGGACAAGCCCCUUCAAUUCCCUGCCUUGUUCAGUGGUCUGAGGAUCCCAAAGAAAGGGGCGACAGGGCCGGAUCAGGACAUAGUGGGUAAGAUCAAAACACCAGCCCCAGCAGGCCUGAGUGUGGACAAGCUUGUGAGGAGAAAGCUGAAGACAGUUCGCAGGAGGCAGGAGAGCUUCUUGGACCAGCUCUCCCAGUUCCUGAACCUGGAGAAGGAUGUCAAUAGUAAGACAGAGGAGUCUACAGGAGAGGACAGGAGGGAGAUUACAGGAAAGGAGAGGAAGGAGUCUACAGAAGAGGAGAGGAGGGAGUCUAUAGGAGAGGAGAGGCAGGAGUCUACAGAAGAGGAGAGGAGGGAGUCUUCAGGAGAGGACAGGAGGGAGUCAGAGCCCUCAGACGAGACCAAAGGAGUCAGAGUUGAACCUGAAGAUGGGAUGGAGGAGAAGGAGAAGACAGAACAGGAAGAGGGAGGAGAACGGCAGAAAACAGGAGAGGAGAAAAAGACCGACCAGGACACAGAGAAAGAGAAGACUGAAGUUCUGUCUGUGAUAGAGCCUCCGGAAUCUUCAGAACCUUCACAUUCUCUCGAACUCUCAGAACCUUUAGAACCUCAGAAGCCUCCUCCCACCAGUGCGGAGGUGGCGUUCGAUGCCUUCAAGGCCUUCUUCAUCCCCAGGCCCCUGAGGAGAGAGGGAGACAGGGGGGACCAGGAGGCAAAGAGGAAGGCCUGGAUCUUUGAGAGAACCUCCAAGACUCCUGAAAAGAAAAACCUCACUGACUCAAAAUUGGAGACAUCGAUCUCAGGUGAUGGAGAGGACCGGUCCACCCCAGGCCGUCUGCAGGCCAUCUGGCCCCCGACUAAGGAGGAGAAGGUUGGACUGAAAUACACAGAAGCAGAACACCAGGCAGCCCUCCUGCAGCUGAAGAGAGAAUGCAACGAGGAGGUGAAGAAGAUACAGGAGGACUAUGGGAAGCAGCUGUGCCAGCUGAGAGGGGACAACGAAGAGUGUGUAUCCCAUCUGGAGGUCACCUUGGCCAGGCUACAAAGUGACUUGGCCCUGGGUGCCCACCACUGCCGUGGAGACCUCCGAGACGUGGCCGUAUCCACGGGAGAUGACCUCUCAUCCCGGGCCUUCCGCACUGUGUGCGUCCAGACGGACCCCAUGACCUUCCCCCAACCCCCCCUCAACUUGCCUAAGAGACUGGACCUGGUUUCUAUCAGUCUAAAUCUGUCUGGACAGGCUACAUCUCCCUCUUCUUCCCCCGUUCAUCUCCCUCCACCUCCUGCUCCUCCACUCCCACUAUCCGAACCACCUGCACCUCAUGAAGGCUUAUUAUCAGGCAACCUAGCCCCACCUCCCCCUCCUCUUCCUCCUCCUCCUCCUCCUCUUCCUUUCCUUCCUGCUCUAACCCAGACCCAGGGACUCGACGGGCCCCCUCCAUCUCUUCCACCCCCUCCAUCAGGGUCCGCCCCUCCACCUCCACCCCCUCCACCAGGCUGUGGCCCCCCACCACCUCCCCCUCCAGGGUGUCUGACCUUCAGUACCAUGUUGGAUAAACCGCCCAGGAAGCCGGCUGUGCAACCAGCCUGCCCCAUGAAACCUCUCUACUGGACCAGGAUACAGACACAGGACAACAAUAAAAACACACUGUGGAACUCUCUUGAGGAACCAGACAUCAUCAACACCACAGAGUUUGAAGACCUGUUCUCCAAGACCACCAUACAGACCAAGAGAAAACCUCUGGCAGAGGCCUAUGAGAAGAAAGCCAAGGCCAAGAAGAUCAUGAAGCUGCUGGAUGGGAAGCGUUCGCAGGCCGUAGGGAUACUCAUCUCUAGUCUGCACCUGGCGAUGAAGGACAUACAGGAAGCUGUGCUGAAUGUGGACAACUCCGUAGUGGACGUGGAAACCAUCCAGGCUUUAUACGAAAACAGAGCCCAGCCUGAUGAGCUGCAGCGGAUAAAGAAACACUACCAAACUUCCGAGGAGGAGCAGGUCAAGCUGCUAGACAAACCUGAACAGUUCCUGUUUGAGUUAUCUCAGAUACCAGACUUCCCAGACAGGGCUUCAUGUAUCAUCUUCCAGUCUGUCUUCAUAGACGCCAUCGACUCCAUUCAGCACAAGUUGGACAUUGUCUCUCGUGUCUGCAAGAUUCUGAUGGACACCUGCAGUGUGAGGGAGGUGAUGGGUCUGAUUCUAGCCCUGGGGAACCACAUGAACGGGGGCAACAGGACCAGAGGACAGGCAGACGGCUUCGGACUGGAGAUACUGCCCAAACUAAAGGACGUCAAGAGCAGGGACAAUCGUAUCAGUCUGGUUGACUAUGUGACAUCGUACUAUCUCCGCAACCUGGACGAGAACGCUGGAACAGAGAGAAGUGUAUUCCCUCUCCCUGAGCCUCAGGAUGUGUUCCUGGCUGCCCAGGUCAAGUUUGAAGACAUCACCAAGGACCUGAGACAGCUGAGACGAGAUCUGACAGGUCAGAGGUCAUUCAUGCCUAAUCACAACACUGUGACGUCAGCAACACAAACAGAUAUGCAGGCAGGCAUGCAGGCAGGCAAGUAGGCAGGCAGAGACAUGCAGGC